AAAUGGAAAAUGUAAACAGAUAUAAAGUGUGAAAGCUUAAACAAUAACUUAUAAAUUUAAAAGUAAUGAAAAGGUGAUCCAGUUCGUUUUGAUUUCUUCAACAUUCAUAGUCAAACUAUAAACUCAUUUUAUCAACCAGUCAAUGUAAUCGACCACAAAGAGAACAAGCUGAAUCACCUUGAAACUAACAUGAAAUACUGUUCCUUAAAUAACUCACUUAGAAAUAAAGUAUGCUUAAUUAAUAUUGCAAACAACCACACAAACAGUCUGAGACGUAAACUAUUUCGGAUCAGUUCCAUUUCAUUACUCAUCACAUCGCUUACAGUUACAUAUUACAUAUCAUGUGCAGCUUAUUACGAAUUUAUGUUGAAGGAAUUCAGUUUAGUAAAUAAUCGCAUAUGUCAAUACUUAUUCUCAAAGAACUUGAGUUGGCUGGAGUACAUGGUGGUGAGAAGUAUUCACUCACCAUCAAACGGGGACUACUCAAAUUUGACGAACUCUCAUGCAUGCAGUGAAUUCAAGUUAUUUCGUGGUGAAGUUGUUCAGUCGACAGUGGAAGAAAAACAAUUCCCUCUUGCAUUCAGUUUAGCUAUUCAUCAGAAUAUUAAACAGGCAGCUCGUCUCCUUCGUCUAAUUUACAGAUCACAUAAUUUGUACUGUAUUCAUGUGGAUUCUAAAUCACCACAAGUUUUUUAUAAUGAGGUGAUGGAGUUGGCUAGAUGUUUCGGUUCGAAUGUGAUGGUGGUGAAUCGAUCGGAAAGUGUGGAUGUUCGGUGGGGAUAUUAUUCCAUACUGGAAGUGUUCCUUCUAUGUGCAAAGAAGUUGAUAAACAACAGUGAGAUUAAUUGGAGGUAUAUUCUGAAUGUGAGUGGUCAAGAACUACCACUUCGCACCAAUUGGGAAUUGGUUGCCUUGUUGAAAGCGAUAAAUGGGUCGAAUAUAGUUGAAAAUUUGGGACCUGGACAUAAUCCAGAACGUUGGCCAAAUAAGAAUCUCACGUUCCCGAUCAUUUGGAGUAAAGGAAGCUUUUACAUGGCGUUAAGGCGUGAUUUUGUUGAUUUCUAUCAGAAUGAUCCAAAAGCAAACGAAUUACUUGACGCAAUGAAAGCAGAAGAACAUUUACCGAAGCAUCCGGAUGAGCUAUUUUUCUCUACAUUGAAUUACAAUCCAUUACUUGGAGCUCCUGGUGCUUGCAAAGAAGAAUAUCUUACAAGUGACUUUGAUAUACGAGCGAUGUACAUAGGGCGUUUUGUAAGGUGGGCCUAUAGAUCCUGUAGACGUGGAAAAAUUAGAAAUGGUAUAUGUCUUAUCGGUAUUUCCAUGCUUCCGAGUAUUCCAAAGCGAAUGGAACUUUUCGCCAACAAAUUUAGUGAAAAUUUUGAACCGAUCGCUUAUGACUGUACAGAGAAUUACAUCAUGGAAAAGGUUCUAGCAGAAAUGAGAACUAAUCAACUCAGUUCAAAUUUCAAUGUGAGCUUUUACUCACAACUCUAUUGUUCACAGGACCAUAUACACUGA